UUCUAACAGACUCAAUUUACGAGGUGCAGACUAAAUUGUUGGUGAUGUAACAUGCGGUCCUCUUGUUGCCAUACCACUGUCUGUACUGUGAAAAAGAACCACAUUUCAGAGUAAAAUGGGUGGAUGGAAAUUGGAGACCGCCCGAAUGGGCAUCUAUGUGUUCUUCCCAGUGGUAAUGUUUUACUGUUUUAACAGGACAGAGCUGUUUGAAAGAUACGUCACAGAGAGAAUUAAGUUGUUGUACCCCCCGGAAAGCAAAAUGCAUAAGAAGGAGUUUGAUGAACUGCGAAACAGGAUGGAGGAGAGGGUGGCCGCAAAGCAGAGGAAGCAGGAGGAAGAAAGUUUGCGUCUUAUGGAGGCCGCAAGGGCAUCACAGUCCUCCUCGUAAUGCCACCGAGCAUGACCUGAGACUGGUUGACGUGGCGUGGCCAAACCAUUCAGUGCUAGAGAAAUGAGCUACUGAGGACUUGAGACUCGUUUGUGUGAAGGAUGUCAGCAUCAUCCCAGGGAGCAAGACAUCCUACAUCAUUCUUGUUGCCAAGUUGACAGGAUGGAUGCUACUGGUCAGAAAUAUUACUAAUCCUGAACGCAGGAGUCGGUUUUGAAAACCCAAAACUGAUGGCUGAUUUGCUGGCAAAAUCAGUGUGGGAAUUGAGUGCUUGGAUUCAGAGGCCUUUUUAAAGGUCCAUUUCAUAAACUGGUGAGCAUGGGAAUUCUCUCAGCAUAGAAAAUCAUUGUUGAGCAAAAACAGAUUAAAAUGUCACAGGACGCCUCGUGCCUUACGCCAGUUCCCAUCUAGAUGGUGUUUUUCAAACAUGUUUGCUUAGAAGUAAUUUCUGGUCACCAGCUCCACUAAAUCUGGCUCUGCCCAUUGUAACUAGGCUCACUGAUGAAUAGGGGAGGGAGAGAUGGAAUAGAUAUCUCAGAGAAUGUUUGUAGAUAUCCCGACUCUUGACUCACCUCUGAUAUCUUGUACCAUCUGGUGGAGUUUGUGUGUGUGUGUGUGUGUUUGGCCAGGAAUCAGCCAUACCUGCGUGUACCUGUAGGUGCAAAUCUCAAUAUGGAUGAGCUGAUGUUGGCAUUGACACUGCUGUACCUGUGGAAUGCAUCAAAAGUUGACAUCGUUUUUGUGUUUGAAAGCUAAGGAUUCAUUUCACACUAAUGGGUUAGAACUCGGCCGUAAUUUUGAUGUUUAUCUAGUCAAUUUUUACUUCAUUUCCGUUUCUUAAUAAUGAAGUUAAGUUUUGUUUUUCUGUCAAUGAAAAUAUUUUUUUGUUUACAAGGCGUCAUGAUGGAUGUCUGUAACUUUAUCAAAGUACAGAAGAUUAAAUUCAAGGAAUUAACCAUGAACCUAACUUUUGUCCCUUUGAGAUAAAAUAA